GGUCACUGAGUCCAACCCGUCCAUUGGAUGGACGAGUAAACGAGACCCAGCGAGAAGUGGGGUACUCAACCGUUCAAUAGGGGCUCGGCAGAGCGGUCACUAUUAACAACAUUUCGAAGGAAUAUGGGAACCCGGAAGGAGCACGAAGAAACGAAAGUCAAAGCUAGCAAAGGAAGAGCCCCAAGCCUCUAUCCAGUGCGCAGACUCAGCACCUAGGGAGGGAAGUCCACGGUGCCUUGUGGGAGAUGGAGUUCCGAUCGGAGGCUCUAAAGCGGGCGCAGGCGAGGCCUUCAGUAGUAGCACUUAAUUUCCCAGACUGCUUUGCGGAAGGCUCCACGACGCCUCGGCCAGCCAUACAGUUUUCUAGCCCGGCCAUAUAGCCGCAGAGUGAAGUGCAUUAUGGGAGCAGCCCUUCUUCCUCUCUGAUUAGAGCUCUGGGUCGCUGAGCCAGAGGAUAAGGGAGCGAGUGCGCAUGCGCCUCGCUGGUUCUCCGCUGUCCCUUCCCUACUAUAAGCUCCUUUGCAGCCACAAAAGCGAGGAAGGAAAGGUCCCAGCUUUACUGGAAGGGGAAGGUGGUGAAGGAUGUUCCGAGGAAAAGACAUUUGCCCUGACUCCUUUCCCUGGAGUUCCCAGGCAGUGACUGAUGUGAAGGAAGAGGUCCUGAAAGGUCCUGCAAUUCCUGGUCAUCCUGGCUGGACCAAGAGUACUUGAGUGAAGUCAUGUUGGAAAAAUAGUAUGGAGGUCAUAACUGUGGAGGAUUUGGCCUGAGUACUUGGGGACAGAGCUCAGCCUUCUCAAGACUUUGUCCUUUCCCAAGACAGCAGGAUGGAGGAUAAGGAGGGAAGGACUUCUGCAUUCCUCAUUACCACAUUUCAGGAAUCGGUGACAUUCAGGGACGUGGCUGUGGAUUUCACCCAGGAGGAGUGGAGACGUCUGGAGCCUGCCCAGAGAGCCCUGUACAGAGAUGUGAUGUUGGAGAACUAUGAGAACCUGGUCUCUGUGGGGAUUCCUGUUUCCAGACUGGAUGUGACCUCCCUGUUGGAGAGACAAGAAGCAGUCUGGAAGGAUGGAGGUCUCGGAGACUCUUGUCUAGAUUCCCUUAGUAACAAGAUCAAAUUGAAAACAAGGAACUCAAAUCUGACAAAGAGCAUUUGCAUAGAUGCAUCAUCCAAGAAAAAUCUGCUAAAGGGCAAAGCCUGGCAUUGCAAGAUGGAUGAAACUGGGGAAUAUGAAGUCAAUUUAGAAAAACUGAAGUGCAAUCCAGAGAGACAGUCCAGAAAAAUAAUAGUCAUUCCCAGAGCAACUUUUAAUAAAGGAAGUAAACUUCACAGUAAUACAUUUGGGAGAAGAUUUAACUUUGGUUCAGUCUUUGUUACACUUUGGAGAGGAACAAUGGGGAAAAGUCUUCAUAAAUAUAAGACACUUGCAAAGGGUAUCAAGGAUUUUCCUGCCCUAAUUACUUGUAAUACAUUCGCAUUAGGAAAGAAUUUUUCUAAGUAUACCAAAUGCAAGAAGCCCUUCAGGUACCACUCAGACCUAAUUAAAUAUCGUAGAACAUAUGCUGGAGAGAAGCGACAUGGACAUUGUAAAUGUGGCAAAACCUUUGACCGAAGGUCAUAUUUUAUUGGCCAUCAGAAUAGAGAUAAGCAUGAGUAUAAGCAAUAUGGGAAACUCUUCAGUUAUAUAGAAAGCCUGAUUAAACACAAAAGAACUAAUAUUAGAGAGAAAUCUUAUGAGUGUAAUGAAUUUGGAAAAACCUUCGAUGAGAAGGGACUUAUUUCUCAUCAGGGAAUUCAUAUUAGAGGGAAACCCUUUGAAUGUAACAUAUGUGAUAAAGCUUUCAGAGAGCAUGGGCACCUUAAUAGACAUCAGAGGAUUCAUGCUGGAGAGAAACACUUUGAAUGUAAUGAGUGUGGAAAAACUUUCAGCGAGAAUAGAUACUUUAUUGGCCAUAAGAGAAUCCAUACUAGAGAGAAAUCAUUUGAAUGUAAUGACUGUGGGAAAGCUUUCAGUAUUAAGCAACACCUUUAUAGACAUCAAAGGGUUCACACUGGAGAGAAACCUUUUGAAUGUAAUGAAUGUGGGAAAAGUUUCAAUAGGAGGGAAAGCCUUAUUAAUCAUCAGAAAACUCAUACUAAAGAGAAUCUCUUCGCAUGUAAUGAGUGUGGGAAAACCUUCAGUGACAGUCAAAUACUCAAAAAUCAUCAAGACAUUCAUACUGGAGAGAAACCCUUUGAAUGUAAUAAAUGUGGGAAAACCUUCAAUGAAAGGGGACGCCUUAAUAGACACCAGAGAAUUCACACCGGAGAGAAACCCUUUGAAUGUAAUGAAUGUGGGAAAGCCUUCAGUGAGAGUGGACACUUUAUUAUCCAUCAGAGAAUUCAUACUGGAGAGAAACCAUUUGAAUGUAAUGAAUGUGGGAAAACCUUCAGUGAGAGGGGAAGCCUUAAUAGACAUCAGAGAAUUCAUACUGGAGAGAAACCUUUUGAAUGUAAUGAAUGUGGAAAAGGAUUCAACCGGAGGGAAAACCUUAUUAGUCAUCAAAGAACUCAUUCCAGAGAGAAACCUUUUGCUUGUAAUGAAUGUGGGAAAACCUUCAGCCAGAGGGGGAACCUAACUACCCAUCAGAGAACUCAUACUGGAGAGAAACCCUUUGCAUGUAAUAAAUGUGGGCAAGCCUGUAGUCAGAGGGCAAGUCUCAUUUAUCAUCAUAGGAGUCAUACUGGAGAAAAGCCCUUUGACUGUAAUGAAUGUGGAAAGGCCUUCAGUGAGAGAGGAAACUUCAUUGCACAUCAGAGAAUUCAUACUGGCGAGAAACCCUUUGAAUGUAAUGAAUGUGGGAAAGACUUUAGCAGGAGGGAAAAUCUCAUUAGUCAUCAGAGAACUCAUACUGGAGAGAAACCUUUUGAAUGUAAUGAAUGUGGGAAAGCUUUUAGACAAAAGGGAAGCCUUAUUACCCAUCAGAGGAUUCAUACUGGAGAGAAGCCCUUUAAAUGUAGUGAAUGUGGGAAAGCUUUUAGUGUGAGGGGAAACCUUAUUGCACAUCAGAGAACUCAUACUGGAGAAAAACCCUUUACAUGUAAUGAAUGUGGAAAAGCCUUCAGUGGGCGGGGAUACUUUAUUACCCAUCAGAGAACUCAUACUGGAGAGAAACCCUUUCCAUGUAAUGAAUGUGGAAAAGCUUUCAGUGAGAGGGGAAGCCUCACUAGACAUCAAAGAAUUCAUACAGGAGAGAAAACUUUUACAUGUAGUGAGUGUGGGAAAGCCUUUAACCAAAGGGCUAGCCUUAUUACCCAUCAUAGAACUCAUACUGGAGAGAAGCCUUUUUCAUGUAAUGAUUGUGGGAAAGCCUUCAGGCGAAGAAGAAACCUUAUUACACAUCAGAGAAGUCAUACUGGAGAUAAACCCUUUGUUUGUAGUGAAUGUGGGAAAGCCUUCAGUGAGAGGGGACACCUUAUUACCCAUCAGAGAACUCAUACUGGAGAGAAACCUUUUGAAUGUAAUGAUUGUGGGAAAGCUUUCAGUGAAAAGGGAAGCCUUAAUAGACAUCAUAGAACUCAUACUGGAGAGAAACCAUUUGCAUGUAAAGAAUGUGGGAAAGCCUUCAGUGGGAGAGCAAACCUUAUUAGACAUGAGAGAACUCACACUGGAGAAAAGCCCUUCACAUGUGAUUGUGGAAAGGCGUUCAGUGGGAGGGCAAAUCUUGUUAGACAUCAGAGAAGUCAUACUGGAGAAAGACCCUUUGCAUGUAAUGAAUGUGGGAUAGCCUUCAGCAGGAAGGCAAACCUUAUGUCUCAUCAGAGAAUUCACACUGUUGAACAACCUUUGGAACGUAAAGAACAAGGGAAAGCUUUCAUUAAUAGAGAAGUAAUCAAAAAUUGCCAGAGAAUUAAAGCUAAUCAGAAACCCUUUGAAUGUAAUGAAUGUCGGAAAGCCUUCAGAGAGAGGAAGCAUCUUAUUAUCCAUCAAAGAAUUCAUAGUGGAGUGAAGCAUUUUGAUUAUAAUAAAUACAAAGAAUAGCUUUUAGUGGUUCAGCAUCAGCAGGAGAUCUCCAGUGAAGUGUUGCAGGAGUCUGUUCAUGACUCAGUGCCACAAUAUUUAUGUCCAUGACUGGGAGAAAGGCUUAGAUAGUCUAUUUAUCAUACUUCCAGGUGAUAUAAAGUGGAGAUGGAGAGCAAACACCAGAACAAUAUUGAAAGGCUGGAAUAUUAGGAUAAAUCUAAUAAAGUAAAAUUCAGUCAGGAUAAAUGUAAAAGUCUUAUGCUAGAGUGCAAAAUUCAGAUUCACAAAUACAAGAUGGAGAGGCAUGGUUAGAUAGGAAUUCUAAGAUAUAUCUUGGAGUUUGGUGACCUACAAGCUCAACAUGAGGCAACAGUGUGAUGUGGAGGACAAAAAAACCUUAAUGCCAUCAUAGGCUACAUUAAGUGAAACAUAGGUUUUCGGAAUUGGGGAGCUAAUAGUAUUAUUCUACUCUGCCUUCAUCUGACCUGAGUUGAGUGGCAGGUCAAAAGGUUGAAAUUGAUAGGGUGGAGAAUAUUUAGAGAAGGGCAGCUAGGAUGAUGAAAGACCUUAAGUCCAUGUUGUAAGCAAUGGGCUUACAGGAAGUGAACAUGGUUACCUGGGAAGGAAAAAAUGGGAACAUGACUCUUUUCGUAUUUGAAAAACUGUCAUGUAAAAAAGAAUUUGCACUUAUUCAAGGAGUUUUGUUAAGGGAGGUGAAGGGUUCCUUUUCCUUGAAUGUCUUCAGACAAAAGUGAGGUGACCAUUUUUUGCAUGUUUUCCUACAAUAUGAUUUCUUUUUGGAUUUGGGUUAGACUGGGUGACCAAUGAAUUCACCCAAAUUGAAUUGUGUGAAAGUAGAUGCCCAUCGAUUAGGGUAUGAAUGAGCUUACUAGUCCAUUAAUAUGAUGGAAUAAUUCUUCACUGUAAGAAAGGAUGAACAUGAAGAACUCAAAGAAAUAUGGAAAGAAUUAUAUUAAUUGAUUCAGAACAAAGUUAAGGGCCAACUGAAGAAUUAAAAGAAAUAUGGAAAGAAUUCUAUAAACUGAUUUAGAGCAAAGUAAGCAGGACCAAUAAUGUGUACAACAUUGUAAAUAAAAAAGACAGAAACAACCAAA